AUGUCGGUGCGGGUAGCGUCCCAUGCAGGAUCCUGGUAUGCGGGAAGAGGCGACGAGCUGAAGAAGCAGCUGGACAGAUGGCUGCAAGAUGUGAAGAAGUCUGAUGAGCUGCAGCCUUCCUGCGGCUUGAUCGCUCCGCAUGCCGGUUACUCCUAUUCGGGCCCAACUGCUGCGUACGCUUAUCGGUACAUGGACCCCUCGAGAAUUAAGCGAAUAUUCGUACUCGGACCGUCUCAUCACUACUACCUUACUGGGUGCGCGCUGUCAAAGCACAGCGCUUACGCUACCCCACUCGGGAACCUGGAGAUUGACACAGAUGUUGUCAAGGAGCUUCACAGCUCAGGACUCUUCGAGUACAUGUCGGAGGAAGUGGACGAAGACGAACACUCGCUGGAGAUGCAGAUGCCGUACAUCUACAAGGUGAUGGAACAGGCGUCCAAGAGCUACAAGAUUGUUCCUGUCCUGGUUGGGAACCUCUCACCCAAGAAAGAGGACGUGUACGGGUCGCUCUUCUCCCGCUACUUGAACGAUCCUUCAACCUUCUUCGUGAUCUCCUCGGACUUCUGCCACUGGGGCUCUCGGUUUCGAUACACUUAUUAUGACCCUUCCUUCGGAGAAAUUUACCAGUCAAUCGAGGCGCUAGACAGGCAGGGCAUGCAGGAGAUCGAAUCGCUCUCUCCCGAAAACUUCCAGAACUACCAGGCUAAGUUCAACAACACAAUCUGCGGAAGGCACCCGAUAGCUGUCUUGCUGAAUGCUUUGAAAGCCUCCAGCGCUGCUUCUCAGGCCUCCAUUCAAUUUGUUCGCUACGCUCAGUCUUCCCCUUGUCGCUGUCAGGCUGAUUCCUCCGUCUCUUACGCUUCAGCUGUCGUCAAGACAGCUGGCUGA